AUGGAGAAUCGUGAUCAAGGAGACACUGCAUCAAAUCAGAAGGAAUCCAGCAAUCUGUCUCGUAGAACAGGAAGAAUGAAUUCUUUUUGGAGAAGGCACAAAUGGUCCCCUGCCCUGGGCAAUCAACUAUGCAAAUUCAUUUGUGUUUAUCUAUUUUCAGGGUCUGGGAGUAAAACAACAACCCAAAAUUCAAGCAUAACUAAUCAGAUGAAACCAAACAAUAAAUUAGAAGCAUUGAAUUUUGAUAUCAGGAAGAUGCGGUUUGAGAAGGAAGAACUUUGUCGAAUCCUGGAUCUUUACAACUAUAAUAAUUUGAACUACAGGAUGAAUGUUGAAUUUGACAUCAUUAAAUCACAACACGAGAAAACAAGGAUGGAUAUGGAAAUUUUGAAGCAGUCAAUAAGUGAUGCCAUAGAGAAGUACAAGGAGGUGAUAGAAGAUAAGUAUUCCUACAGCACCAGGCACUACCUCGUCCUGAAUGCAUGUUCACAACAGAAGGAGAAUGUAAGGAUAUUGCUGCAUGAGAACAAUAAGCUGCUGGUGGAGCAGGCUGAACCACAAGCCUACUUUGGGGAAGAAAAGAGUUUCUGUGAGGAGGCCAGCAAGACCAUCGAUUUCCCAUGUGCCAAGGAGCAGCAGCUCCUUAGUAAAGAUCCCACGUCACGCUCUUCCUCUGAUGCUUCCAAGGUCUUCUAUGAAGGAACCAGUCUGGGUUAUGUGAGGAAACUGUGA